AUGCAUUUGAAAUUUAUCAGUAAUGAUCAAUUGAAGAUCGCAUUUAUACCGGUACAAAUGCAAACAGCACCUGAUUCGAAGCCAAUGCUUGCAAAUUUACAACCAGCACCAACGAUGCAACAGCUACAUACGGUGGAAAUGCAACCGAUUGCACCACAACAACAACAGUCACAACAGCAACAACCACCGCAGCAGCAACAACCAAAACAGGAAAUGGGCAGUUGCAGUUUAACUGCCGCACAUCAGCGAAUCACCGUCGGAAGUCUCCAUUUUCAACAAGAUCCAAAUGAUCCUCAAAAAUGGAUAAUAACGAAUGAAUCAGGUGAGGCGCCAAUUACUGGAUUAUCCCAAGGAUCAGUUGUAAAUAGACAGCCAGAAUAUGAUGUGACACCAAGUGCAUCUACAAUAAAUACAUCUAUGCAGCUGUCAUUUAAACAAAAAACGCCGAAGAGAACGGCUUGUAGUUGCCCAAAUUGUGUCAAUAAUUCGAAUAACAAAGUGCGAACUGGUGAAAAGCAACGUCUUCAUGUUUGCCAUAUUUGCGAUAAAACAUAUGGUAAGACUUCGCAUUUGCGAGCCCAUUUACGCGGACACGCUGGACAAAAACCGUUUGCUUGCGACUGGCCGCAUUGUCAAAAACGCUUUACGAGAUCGGAUGAACUGCAAAGACAUCGACGAACGCAUACAGGCGAAAAGCGUUUUUCGUGCGGUCAAUGUGGCAAAAAAUUCAUGCGUUCAGACCAUUUGACCAAACACGAGCGAACACAUUCAACAGUGAGAGGACAUAAUGCGCAUAAUAGUCAUAAUGCUCACAAUGCUCAGCAACAACAACAGCAGCAUGUUGGUGAAAGUGGUCAACGUAUAUCUGACCUCUCGAAAAAUUAUCGACCUCCAAUUAAAUAA